AUGCUCGCCAGAAAACAAAGUGUGAAAGGAGGCACCGAGCCGAUCCUGGCAGACUACGGACCCGACGAAAGCUUUAAUGAAUCAGCAGACAUCGAGUGGGUUAAUAAGUCAUGGGUACGGCGCAUUUUACGACUUUGCGCUCUCUUGUGCCUGAUAUCUGUCAGCGUGAAUACCACGAAGACAUUCAAAAUGUUCCCAUCACUAUUAUGGAUAACGUUCGGCUACGAUAUUUUCGCAACGCUCCUCUUCUCCUCCGAAGCCAUUGCCAAAAUUCGCAUCAAAGGCUUGUACAACAACCAUGUGCAGAACGAGCUAGCGUACCUCAAGGACUACUGGUGUAUAUUCGACGCAUUGAUGGUUAUCAGUCUCUGGGCCUCCGUAGUGCUUCAGUGCUUCGAGGUGACAUUCCUCGAGAAAUCAUCAUCGUAUCCAUUCAUUCGGGCGCCGAGACCUCUAAUAAUGAUCCGCUUCAUACGAGUCUUUCUGAAGUUUUCAAUGCCGAAAGCGAGACUUAAACAAAUCUGCAAACGUUCGAGUCAUCAAAUCUACAACGUGACGUUAUUCUUCCUGUUCUUCAUGUCUCUCUACGGACUUCUCGGGGUACAGUUCUUUGGUCAAAUGGGGGCGCACUGCGUUCGCAACGGCACAGAUCCCAAGAACGUGACUCUUGAAGACCUGUCAAUGCCCGACCAUUACUGUUCGAACAACCCCGAUAUGGGCUAUAGCUGCCCAGCGGACCUCGUUUGCAUGGAGCUGGAACUGCCCAAGAAGAUUUCGGGCUACGCCGGAUUUGACAACUUCGCUCUCAGUGUGUUCACAGUGUACCAAGCAGCCUCACCGGAAGGUUGGGCUCUUCUCAUGUAUCAAGCUGUGGAUUCGCUACCGGCGUGGAGAGCCACUUUCUACUUCACCACGAUGAUUUUCUUCCUCGCGUGGCUCGUAAAAAAUGUUUUCAUUGCUGUGAUCACGGAAACAUUCAACGAGAUUCGAGUCCAGUUCCAGCAGAUGUGGGGUGAGCGUGUCCAAAUCCACACGGACACCACCGUGCAAGUUCUGCGAGGGGAUGACAGCGGAUGGAAGCUCGUCACUGUCGACGAAGGAGCGGGCAAGGGCCAUGCGCCAAGAUGCCUUCAGCGGUUGAUUCAUUCGGCCGCCUUCCAGAUUAUCGUGAUGAUAAUCAAUCUGGCCAAUGCCUGUGUCGCUGCCUCGGUGUGCUUCGUGCACGACGGCAGACCUCGGGAGGAGUUCUUUUCCACCUAUUACUAUUCGGAGAUUGGUUUCACACUCUUCUUUGACCUCGAAGUUUUAAUGAAGAUUUGGUGUCUCGGUUUCAAAGGAUAUAUCAAACGAUCUUUGCAUAAGCUAGAAUUUUUGCUUGCGGUCGGCACGACCAUUCACAUUAUUCCGCAAUUCUUCAAGUCCGAGUUGACUUUUUUUCAAGUUCUUCGAAUCGUUCGACUGAUUAAAGCCUCGCCUGUUUUGGAAGACUUCGUCUACAAGAUCUUUGGUCCGGGCAAAAAACUCGGUUCACUGAUCAUCUUCACUAUGUGUUUGUUGCUGAUCACGAGUUCGUUAUCGAUGCAAUUGUUCUGCAACUUGAACUUCCACAAAUUCGAAACUUUUCCGGAGGCUUUCAUGUCCAUGUUCCAAAUUCUCACCCAAGAAGGCUGGGUCGAGGUGAUGAACGAGACGAUGUUACGGGUAGGGAACACACCAUUGGUUUUUAUCGUUGGAUUCUACUUCAGUGCAUACCAUCUUUUCGUAUCACUCAUCGUGUUGAGUCUAUUCGUUGCUGUCAUUCUGGACAACUUAGAGUUAGACGAAGAUAUAAAAAAACUGAAACAACUGAAAGCCAGAGAGCAAAGCGCUGGCAUCACAGAGGGGCUGCCGAUACGACUGAGGUUGUUCGAGAAAUUCGCGGACAGUCCUCAAAUGACCCGCUUACAUCGGAUGCCGUCAGAGUUUGGGGUCCCGAAAGUUCGGGAGAGUUUUAUGAAACAAUUCGCAGAGGAGCUCCAGGACGAAUGUCCCGAGCUCAGAAAGUUGGGGGAUGAUCAGAUCAAUGGAAUCGACAUCGUCACCUACAGAAAAAAGACCCCCAUUCACCUCCUCAAUCAACCGAACAAGGUCCGAGUAGCUGCUUCCACUCUGAGAAGAGUGACGGUAACUAAUAUCAUCAUCGACUCGAACCAGCAGCGGCUCAUAGAAGCUAUGGAGCCUCCUCCUCAGUCUAGUUGCGGAGGAAAACAGCAGACGAGAUUGGACCGGAGCAACGCUAUCAGGGAAGAACAGGGUCCCAGCUCAGGCGCCCCCAUGGUGUUUUCCCGAUCGCGUUCGAUGAGGCGCUCCGUUCGAGGCGGGUCGGUGAAGGUGGGUGGGAAGAUGGGGGGAACUCAAGCCGUAUACUCCGAGCACAUGAAAGAGAACGGAGGAGAGAUGGGACGAUCGCUCCACGACUUCGAUAUCAAAAUGCUGCAACAAAAACGUCAACAAGCCGAGAUGAAGCGCAACCAGCGCGAGGAGGAUCUUCGCGAGAACCAUCCAUACUUUGACACUCCCCUGCUAAUCGUGGGUCGAGAAAGCAAAUUUCGGAAACUCUGUCAGCGAAUCGUCUACGCACGCUACGACCCAAGGUUCAGAGAUCCGGUGACCGGUCAAGAGAGGAAGAUCAAGUACAAAACGGUCCAUAAUCUAUUGGGAUUGGUUACCUACCUGGACUGGGCGAUGAUCAUGGUGACGACAAUCUCGUGCAUCUCGAUGAUGCUCGAGACGCCGUAUCAGCGUGUCAUGAAUACCCCACGCCUCCAAAUCGCCGAAUACGUGUUCGUGGUGUGCAUGAGCAUCGAACUGCUCCUCAAGACGCUCGCCGACGGGCUGUUAUUCACUCCUAAAGCCUUGGUCAGGGAUGCCGCAGGUGUGAUGGAUGUUUUCGUCUACACCGUGUCCCUGAUCUUCAUAUGCUGGCUGCCUGAGAAGGUUCCGCCACAUUCACCGGCGCACCUUCUGCUUCUGUUGCGAUGUGUACGCCCGCUUCGGAUAUUUACGCUGGUGCCGCACAUGCGGCGCGUGGUCUGCGAACUAUGUCGCGGCUUCAAGGAGAUCCUGCUUGUCUCCAUCUUGAUUAUAGUGCUGAUCUUCGUGUUCGCUUGCUAUGGGGUCCAUCUGUUUGGAGGACGGCUCGCACGCUGUAAUGACCAAACAAUUACGCGUAGAGAAGACUGCUAUGGCGUCUUCGAACGAUCCGUGUUUAUUACCAGAAUGAAGCUCAAGACUGUAAAUGUCACUAACAUGCCCAAACUCUUGGUGCCUCGUAUCUGGGCUAACCCUCGGCGUUUCCAUUUCGACAAUAUCGGCAACGCAAUGCUGGCAUUAUUCGAGGUUCUGUCAUACAAAGGCUGGUUGGACAUCCGCGACGUCAUAAUUCAUCGGCUGGGUCCCGCCCACUCCAUCUUCAUCCACCUCUACGUCUUCCUUGGGUGUAUGAUCGGACUCACCCUUUUCGUAGGCGUAGUAAUUGCCAACUACAGUGAAAACAAAGGCACGGCGCUGCUGACCGUCGACCAGCGGCGUUGGUGCGAUCACAAGAAACGAUUGAAAAUUGCGCAGCCCCUACAUUUGCCCCCCAGACCGGACCAUCAUCGAUUCCGAGCGUUCAUCUACGACAUCACACAACAGAAAUGGUUUUCACGACUCUUCGCUGCCCUCGUAAUAAUCAAUAGCCUCUUGCUUGGCUUAUCGUGGACGACACACGAGUGGAAUAUGCUGCUAGCAACAACGUCUGCCGGCUUGACCAUCUUAUUCGCUAUUGAAGUGGUGAUGAAGCUCAUCGCCUUCACACCGCGCGGCUACUGGCAGAGUGGGCGCAAUCGAUACGAAAUGCUCGUUACGUGUCUCGGAGUCGCCUGGGUGGUGCUCCAUUUCUGGUUUUUGAACGUCACCUCGAACUCCAUCGGUUUCGUUAUAGUGGUUCUGAGAUUUUUCACUAUAACCGGAAAACACGCCACACUUAGGAUGCUUAUGUUAACUGUGGUUGUGUCUGUAUACAAGAGUUUCUUCAUUAUUAUGGGGAUGUUUUUGUUGAUAUUCUUCUACGCCUGCACCGGCGUGAUCCUGUUUGGGAACGUCAAACAAGGAGAGCAUUUAGGACGAUAUCGCCAUGCGUCGUUCAGCACGGCUCCAUCUGGUAUGGCCCUGCUGUUCCGAAUCGUCACUGGGGAAGAUUGGAACAAAAUCAUGCACGACGCCAUGGUAUCCCCACCAUAUUGCACGGUCGGGGAAAACUACUGGGAAACAGACUGUGGUUCAUUUUUAGGUGCUCUGAUAUUCUUUUGUUCAUUUUACGUCAUGAUCACUUAUAUUGUGUUGAACCUCCUGGUCGCUAUUAUCAUGGAGAAUUUCUCCUUGUUUUAUUCGAACGAAGAAGAUGCUCUUCUCUCUUAUGCCGAUAUCAGAAUCUACCAAUCUACCUGGAAUAUUGUUGACGUACAACAAAGAGGCCUAAUACCUAUAAGACGAGUGAAAUUCGUACUGGGAUUGUUAACGGGUCGUCUGGAGGUAGACCCUCAGAAAGAUCGAUUGUUAUACAAACACAUGUGUUACGAAAUGGAACGCCUGCACAACGGUGAAGAUGUCACGUUCCACGAUGUACUGAACAUGUUAUCGUACAGAUCUGUAGACAUUAGGAAAUCGCUUCAACUGGAGGAGCUGCUGGCACGCGAGGAAUUAGAAUACCUCAUUGAAGAAGAGGUCGCUAAACAAACGAUUAGAGAGUGGUUAGACAAAUGCCUUCGGCGUAUCAAGCACGCGAAGCAAGAGGUGAAUCUGCUCCACAGUCUUCGGGUAACCAAUGAACCUCUUUUGGCCACUCUGACUACCCCUGGUGGUAUGCCCCUGGGUCUGUCAGGCCAUCCGCCUCACUCGCCGAGUCACGAACCGCAUCACGUGGGAGGGGAAACUCUCACGGAAGAGAAAGAAGACGAAGAAGACAAAGACGACUCGGGGGAGGGGCUCGACGACUCGGGGUCCACCCAAGGCGCGGAGGGCGAUUCCGACGGUCCGCCAGUUUUCGGACCGACAGAAGAAACCCCCGCAGCAACUGUCAGCGCGACCACCACAACAACUAUCCAAGUGGCUGGCCUGUCCUCUCAAGAUCAACAUGCAAUGUCGCCAUCGGUCACCGCCAUUCCGCCUAAAACCACAGCAAUGUCGCCCACGCCGACCGAAGAAGCAACGGCGGCGGGCACAUCAGUCGCAGGGAGUCAGCUUCAACAGGAGGGCAAGGAUGGCUCAACUAGCGGAUCAGAACAGCCCUCAGCAGCGAGUAGAGGCACUCAGGAGCUUAGCCAGGAGGCAGCGAGUAAGCAAGGCAAGAAGAAACUUGGAAUCAGGUCUGACAGCAUCACGUCAGCUGGCGGAGUGCCUAUCGGCGGCAGAAAAUCUCUGACCUCAUCAGGACCCGACAAACAACUGAGUCCGGCAGAGAAAGACCAGAGGGACAAGGAGAGGUCAUACACUACUCUCAAAAAAUGGAGUUCGGCGAUCGGUAAAGGGUUGCCGGAAGUUAGCGAGAGCAGCGAACUGGCGACGACCCCUGGAACAGAUGGAGAAUAUCCUCUUUUGCUGCAACACUAUCAAGGUUCCCUGGACGAAGAUCCGGGACAUCAUUCGCGAGAGCCCGGCGGAGGGGUCAAGUACCUCAAGGCAGUUGUGGGAGAGGUCCAUGAAUGGUGGAACGUCCUCCUACAAAACGACCCCACCGCCGACUCGGAUUCGGAAGACGACUUCUAA